CAAAACUUGGUGUGUAGGUCGGGUUAGGCGUUUUUUUUAUAUCAGGCUUCCGUUCUGUUUGGGUGCCAGACGCCAGAAGUUGUGGAUAGCCGUGCUAGCGAGCUGGUUUAGCCGGCUAGUUAGCCUGGUGGUGCGGCUAGGUAGCCAGCCUGCUAGCGCUGUUGUCUCCUGCUAUCCCCGAGCAAGGCCGCCAUUGAGGCCGUAUUUGCUGCCGCAUUAAGGAGGGCUUUGGUCUGCAGGAAGCGCCCUUCUACUUUUAGACCACGGUUAUUUCAGCAGCAACGGCUUGACCAGAAAAGACUUGUGUGCAGCGCUGAAUCAGGAGGAUCUCCUCUAACCCAAGUCCCUACAAAGUUAUCAUCCGGCAAUAAAACGGAGGUCGUUGGGCUGGAGUGUGUUCUCAUGGCGGAGUCAGAGACUGAAUGUGACACACCCGGCCUUGACACGCUUGGGUCGGAGUGUGUCAUAGCCCACAGCCAGGUCGACCUUCACUAUGGUGCAGAGACGGAGAUCAUGACUGAGGAAAAGCGUGGUUUAGAGCUGGAGAUCCAUGGCUCGGACCUGGCCAAGAUCCAGGGCCUGGGCACAGAGCUCGGAGCGGUGACCUGUGUGGAAGCCAUAGUAGCGGAGACGGACCACGACUACAUCAAAGUGGAGCACGGCGAAAUGCAUUGUUUCACGGGGGACGUUAGAUCGGCUAACUUCGGGGAAGUGCUGCUGAAGGGCGAACACGACCACGUGGUGAAGGUGGAGUCGGACCACGGCGGGGAGCUGACGGUGGAGUCAGAGAACGGUGUCAUCAUCCACGAGGCCCACGGCCUGCAGUGCAACGAGUGUGGUGAAAUCUUCGGAAGCAUCGCCGAUCUUCACCAGCAUUUUGAGAUCCACAAAGAUCUCAACCCGUACAUAUGUGUUCACUGCGGUGAGAGCUUCGCUGUGGAAGCCAGCCUUAAGCAGCACAUGAAGAUCCACAUGAAAGAAAAGCCCUACGUCCCCACCGGCGUUGACAUGGUGGGCAAAGGAAUGAUGGACUCUUUCACCUUCAAGUCUCAUCAGAUGAUCCACCUGGCGGAGAAGCCCCACCGGUGUUCAGAGUGCGGCAAGAGCUUCGCGGCCGCCAUCACCCUAAGAGAGCACAUGAAAAUGCAUUCGGAGGACAAGCCCUACAAGUGUACCCAGUGCAGAAAGAGCUUUGUGCGCCGGAGGCAUCUGAAGAAGCACCAGGAGCUCCACGCACGCGACAAGCCUUAUACGUGUGGCCAGUGUGGCAAGGGCUUUGCCACCACUUCCAACCUUAAGCAGCACCAGAAGACCCAUGCGGCGGCCAUGGGCGACAAACCCCACCGCUGCACACAGUGUAGCAAGUGCUUCGCCGCCGCCGCCACCCUGAAAGAGCACCAGCGGGUCCACUCCGGCCAGAAGCCGUACAAAUGCAACCAGUGCAGGAAGAGUUUUGUUCGCAAGCGCCACCUGAAGAAACAUCAGCUUGUCCAUGCCGGAGGUAAGCCUUACACCUGCUCCCAGUGCGGCAAGGGCUUCAACCACUCCUCCUCCCUUUCCCGACACCACAAGAUCCACCUGCGGGAGAACAACAUGUACGCCGCCGUGCCGAGCGGCAAGGGCUUCGGCUACGGGAAUGCCGUCAAGAGGGAGCACCAACAGGGCGACAAGCCCUACAUGUGCCACCACUGCGAAAAGGGCUUCAACCAUUCCUCUUCUCUGUCGCGGCACCAGAGGGUCCACUCCGACGGGACCUUGUACACCUGCCCCCACUGCGGAAAGCGAUUCAACCACUCGUCCUCGCUGACCCGUCACCAGAGGGUGCACAUGGAUGAUAAGCCGCAUAUUCUCAGCCAUGGUCAGCAGCAGCAAGAUCGAGAGCAGAAGCAACUGUUGCAGCAGCAACUGUUGCAGCAGCAGCAGAUGCAGGAGUACAACGCAAUCCCCUCGGGAAAAGGGUUCUCCCAUACCAUCACCAAACAGCGCCUGGCCGACGGAGACAAGCCAUACAGAUGCUCCCAGUGCGGGAAAGGCUUCAACCACUCGUCGUCGCUCUCCCGGCAUCACAGGGUUCACAGUUGCGCUAAUGAGGCAGCUGUGAGAUGAUUUGCAAUUGACCCUCUUAUUAUAUUGGAGGUACCCCGUGAUUGUUCUGGGCAUAGUCAGGACCUUUUGAAUGCUUUUAAAAGGAAACAAAAAAAAAGUGAUUUGAUAUACUAACAAUGUUACCUGGACGGCGCUUGCCCCUCUGACUUGGCUAUUUGAGGCUGAAUUCAAUGAAAUAUACCUUCAGGCAGGCAUAUGUAACUUCAUGUGAUGUGGCUCACUGGGCGACUGAUUGGUGAUCAAGAAAAGUUCUAUUGUCUUGAGGAUAUCAAUUGGCGAUUUCUCCUAUCAGUCCAUGUUUAGCAAAAAAAAAAGGAAAUUCUAUGUAAAUAAUUGGAAGAUUUCUUUUAUAUAUAUAUGUAUAGGUUACUUGUGUGCUGUUAUGAUCCAGAAGAUGACAUUUUUGAUAGCAGGAUCCACUCUGGCGCCAACCCAUUUUUUUUCCCCCUUUUUCGCUACCAUAGUAGCGUGCGCUACCAGACACUUCAUGUGCGCUCACCCUGCAGUAAAACAAUUAAUGUCUCGAAUCAAACAAUCUAACCUAAUCAAUUCUUCAUCCUGCUGUUUUUCUUUGUUUCUCCCUUCGUUUAGACUACAUGGUUUUUGUACUGUUGUACAGAUGGCAGAUUUAGCCUAGGCCUGCCUCUCUGGGUUCCAUUUUAGCUUUGAGGAAAAUACGUAAUGUUAAAUAAACAUACUGCAUAGCAUACUGCAAAAUGCCCCGUGUCCUUAUUUAAAGUUUUAUUUCCCCCGUGAACUCGAGCAUCACCUGAAUGCAGAGGCAGAUUCUUCAGUGGUUUGUAGUAAAUCAUUUAUCUGUCUACUGGAUAGCUUAAUCUUGUGAUGUUUGAUGCAAAAUUGUCACAAUUUGGUCAAACUGCUUAUUACAAUGUAAAUAUAAAGACAAUUGCAAGACUAAAGAGAACUUUCUUCAAGAUUACCCACCUGAUUCCAUGGGAUUGCGCUCUAUUAACUGGUCUGUGUAAAAUAUCUUUUACAAACGUGUAUUUUUUUUAGACAUGGCUUGGGUCAUGUGAAAGGGAACGAGAAAUACAGUUUUUAUGGGUGGUGAAAUGGUGAGCAAUAUUAUCUUUUGGAUAACAAUUGUGCUUCAAACUGUAGCAUAGGUUUCUUGUGUUAGAUAGGUGCCUUAUUGCAUGCCAUGUAGAAAUGUAUGCUAAGCAGUUAUUUGGAAAGAAGUUAGGGUUUUCAGGAUUUUCGUUCUUAUUAUACUUACCCAACAUUUUAAUUUGAAGUCACUGAUCCCUUUUUUCCUUUUAUUUUUGCUUUUAUGUAUAUUACCGUUGACACUGUUAUGAUCAUUAUUGUCUUUAAUUUCUUCCAUCCUUGUCAAUGACCUCCAAUGUAGAGCAAAAUAACCCAUGAUCAGUAAAGGCCUUGAAGGGGAAAUCUGUAACAUCUUCCGGAUUUGAUUGGCACAUGUAUGGAUCAAUAAAGGUCAUUGACUCUCUA